AGGAGGUCCGGGUAGGGUCCUCGAGUCCCCAGAUUUGAAUUCGCACCAAGAAGACCAAGGGCUCAGUUCCCCAUAAGGCCCCACCAUGUCUCCAGUCUCCCUGCUGCUCCUCUGCUGCCUGCUCCCCUGCUCCCUGUGCUACACGCGGGACCCCUUCGCGUGGCUGUACGGGCGCGGGGGUCAGGCUCCGGCAGCUCUCCAGGCCGACCGCACCGGGGGGGACUGUCCGGAGGUGUGCGACUGUCCCCCCUCUUACCCCGUGGCCAUGUACUGUGACGGCCGCGGCCUCACCUCCAUGCCCACCAUCCCCGAGAGGAUCAAGUACCUGUACCUCCAGAACAACCAGAUCUCCGCCAUGCCCGACAGCGCCAUGGUCAACGCCUCCAACCUGGUGUGGCUCAUGAUGCACCACAACCAGCUUCGAUCGGACGCCAUUGGGAAGAAGGCCUUCCUGAAGCUGGAGAAACUGGACCGUCUGUAUCUCCAACACAACAAUCUGAGCAGCGUCCCCUCCAACCUGCCCCGCUCCCUCCGAGACCUGCGCCUCAACCACAACUCCAUCGAAAAGAUCACAGGAGCAGACUUCGAGGGCAUGGAUAACCUGACCGUCCUGUAUCUCCACGAUAACGUCAUCUCAGAGAUCAGCUCGUCUCUGAAGAGCCUGGCCUCUCUCACUCUGCUCGACAUCAGUGGAAACAAGCUCAAAAAGAUCCCUGACUCUCUGCCCGCUCACCUGCACCAGCUCUACCUGGAGUCCAACUCCAUUGACUCUGUCCCUGAGGGCUUUCUGGGCGGUUUCUCUCAGCUGCAGUACGUUCGUAUGUCCCAUAACCAGCUCACAGACAAAGGCAUUCCCCCAAACACCUUCAACGUGAGCGGCCUGGUGGAGCUGGACCUGAGCUUCAACCGCCUAGAGCGCAUCCCCAUCGUCAGCUCCACCCUGCAGCAUCUGUACCUGCAGGCCAACAGCAUCAAAGAGUUCACCCUGGGGAGUUUCUGCAGUAUGGUGGACAUCUCAAACUUCUCCAGACUGCGCACGCUUCGUUUGGACGGGAACGAGAUCGGGCGAGAGGACAUCCCGUCCGAGUCGUCCCAGUGUCUGCGCCAGGCGUCUGAGAUCAACAUCUGA